GAGAAAAGAAAGAGGAAGAGCUCAGCAAAUUUCCUAAACAUACUUCAUGACUCCAUUACGUGUGAGGACCCAACAGACAGGAGGUGGAGGGCUCCAGAUCCAUGCUAAAGCCUUCAGCUACUGUCUCAGCUUUCUGAAAUUUAGCAAUGGCGUAUUUCCCGGAUGAGACCAAUUCAACUGACAUACACUCCCAGCCUUGGUAUGAACCCCCAGUAAUUCUGUCCAUGGUCAUUCUCAGCCUCACUUUCUUAUUGGGAUUGCCAGGCAACGGGCUGGUGCUGUGGGUGGCUGGCCUAAAGAUGAAGUGGACCGUGAACACUGUUUGGUUUCUCCAUCUCACACUGGCAGACUUUCUCUGCUGCCUCUCCUUACCCUUCUCCUUGGUUCACUUGGCUCUCAAAGGACACUGGCCUUAUGGUUGGCUCCUAUGCAAGCUCAUUCCUUCCAUCAUCAUCCUCAACAUGUUUGCCAGCGUCUUCCUACUGACUGCCAUUAGCCUGGACCGCUGCCUUUUGGUACUCAAGCCCAUCUGGUGCCAGAAUCACCGCAAUGUAAGGACAGCCUUCAUUGUCUGUGGAUGUAUCUGGGUGGUGGCUUUUGCAAUGUGUAUACCUGUGUUCAUGUACCGGGAAAUGUUCACCAUACACAACCAUACUAUGUGUGGCUACAAUUUUGGUACCAGUGGCUCAUUAGAUUAUUCAUACUACACUUAUGAUCAACCGCAAAAUGCAUCUCUUGACAACCCCAUUGUUCAGUUGCCUGGAGAAUUGGUUGACAGGUCAGAUGCUUUCUCUUCACAAAGAAAUGAUCAUCCUUGGACAAGUACCACGCUCCUCCAUGCUGAAACAUUUCAAAGACCUCCUGGAGAUUCAGUUCCUGUGGAUUCAACUAGAUUAUCUGAUCAACAUCCAUAUUAUAAUUUAACUAAACCUGCUGAUGAGGCCUCCCCAACAAUCCCCAUUGGCCUUCCCAUUGAAGAUCACAGAAUUAACUCACCGCAUGACUCUGAUGCUUUCCUCUCUACCAAUUUAGAGCUUUUCUCUAGUACCUCUAGUAAUGCCCUAUACACAAUUGAGCCAUCACAAGAUUUCCAGGACUAUACUGAAGGUGACAUUGAAUAUUACAAUGAAGUUGCAACACCCCAGGUGAUAAUAACCAUCACUAGGUUAGUGAUUGGUUUCCUGCUGCCCUGUAUUGUCAUGGUGACCUGUUAUAGUCUCAUUAUCUUCCAAAUGUGGGGUCGCUCUAUCAAGGCUCAGAGCAAAACCUUCCAGGUGGCCAUAGUGGUGGUGGUUGUCUUCAUUGUCUGCUGGGCCCCAUACCACAUUUUUGGAGUCCUCUUUUUGUUUAUUGGCUCAGAGACUCCCUUGAAGGAAGCUCUGCUAUCCUGGGACCAUGUGUCCAUUGCCCUCGCAUCUGCGAAUAGUUGCUUCAAUCCCUUCCUCUAUGCCCUUAUGGGGAAAAAUUUUAGGAAGAAAGCAAGGCAGUCUGUGCAGGGCAUUCUGGAGGCAGCUUUCAGCGAGGGGCACACACAUUCUACCAGUUGUACCCAAAGCAAAGGCUUUUAUGGAAGAAACAGCAGUACAGCUGUGUGAGAAUCUGGAGCAUUUGACCCAAGCACUUGACUCAAGCAGAGUUUCUUAGAUAUUCACCAAGUGCGACAUGUUUCUAAAAGAGCAAGGGACAUGGUGAACAGGGAUUUCGGAAAACACCAAAGACUCAAUCUUGAGGCCUUCAAAGUGUGGUCCCAGACUAGUGGCAUCAGCAUCACCUGGAAACUCUCUGGUCCAUCCUAACUUGAAAACAAGUUCUCUUGUUUCUGAUGAAACCUACGUCUGAGAGACAAUGCACAAAUUAAUCUACUUCUAUCCCAAACUAAGCCACCUGAGAUAAAUGAGAAUCUAGUCUGUUGUAAAAUGUUUCUUUCCAUCCUUAAAUUUUUUAUUUAGUAUAUCGAAAUUCCCUUCCAGGUUCAUUAUAAAACCAAUUAUCCUAGCUCUAAGUGAAAGGUGAUCAUUUAUUCUAUGGCUUUAUUGUUAUACUGUUGGUGGUGGUGGGGAUGGUUUUAAAUAAAGAGAAGGUGCAGGUUGGGGGUGGUAGUAAAGGGUAAAGGGGCCACAUAUGGUGACAGAGAUGAUUUGACUUUGGUUGGUGGGCAUACAAUGCAAUAUACAAAUCAUGUAUCAUAGAAAUGUACACUUGAAACCUA